AUGAAACGCACGAACCCUUUCACGCAGUCACACUCAGACUCUCUCCCUCUUCAUCUUCCUGGGAAAACACAGCAUCAAAUGGUGGAAACAUCUAAGUCUGGCCUAGGAGUUAUCAGUUUAGAAAUGAAAGCACCAGCACGGUUUUUGUCUUUUUCUGGAAAAGAACAUUGGAAUUCUGCCUUGGAUACCUCGAUUGCUUAG